GUGGGGUAGUUACCAUGGUGUUGGCUCUAGCGGUGUACCACGGGGCCAUCAGUAAAUCGGAGUGUGAGGAUCUACUGGCGAAGAACGGGAAGAACGGAGCUUACCUCAUCAGAGACAGCAAAACCAUCCAAGCAGCCAUGUGUCUGUGUGUCUAUAGACAGAAGGUGGUGUAUACCUACAGGAUUCUCCAGAACAACACUGGAAACUACACCCUGCAGACAACACCUGGUGUAGAGGAGAAGUUCUUUAAGACAUUAGAGGAGCUGGUCCACCAUUAUAAGUGUCGAGGGCAGGGAUUGGUCCAGCACCUGUGCCACUUAGUCAAGAGAAAGACUCUGCUUCAACUCCCUGACCCCAAUAUCAUCAAAGAGGUGCCUGAUUAUGAGAUUGUGGAUGCAUCAGACUAUGUCCAGGUCCUACCCUCCUGAUUCAGCAGCACACUCUGAACCCUGACCCCUGGCCUGUAACAUCAUCUAUUAGCCUGUGAGAGUCUGGGUUUGGUACCAUCAGAUCAGGCUGUGCUUAGUGGUCAUGAUGUUUUCUGUUCUGUGUGCCAGGGGUACUGAGGUUGUCAGAGAGAAUAGUGUUUGUCCGUUUGUUGAAGUGGAAGUUUACGUCAAUGACACAUCAGAGAGGGGAAUUGGGGACUUGGCCUGUGUCUGUGACUCAGUGUGUGAAUCCUUCACCCUCUCUCCAUGAUCUAAACUGGCCCACCACCAACAGUGAGGUUUUCCCCCUCUCUGUAGGCUGGGUCUGUCACAUUACCCAGUGCUGGUAGAGUUGUUUUAUUCAUAAUGGUUUGGGGUAGUAAGGAGUAAUGGCAUUCAUACCUGACAUAACAAUGUUUUGUUUUUCUCUACACUCUAUAGAAACAUCCCAUAUAAUUUACGGCUCAUUCAUCUCAUGAUUAUGUUUGAGUCACUAUGGCAUUCUGAAUACAUAAAAUCCAUAAAAUCCCUGUGUAUUCCCUGCUCUCUCCUUGGCUUCGCUGCAUUCUAGAUUCCAUAACUAGUACAAGGCACACACGCCUAAUAAAAGUAACGACAGCUGACACAGUUAACGAUAUCAUAGCUACGCAGGCACACAUCCAUGACUAAAUUCUCAGACCGAAUUCAGGUUUAGGUUAUCUAUUUAGCUAGCUUAGACGUGUGGCUUUGGUAGCCAUCUAGCUAACGUUACUAGCUAUCCAGCCAUCUAGCUAAACAACCAUCUAUCUAGCCAAAGAAGCAACACUCACGUGGGCCAAGGUGGUGUAUAGAAUGAAUGACUGACUUUAACUAGACUAUACCCUGAAUUUGGUUUGAGUAUUCUAGCUAAUAUUUGUAUAACUAACCCUCAUUGUUCUAUCUGUGAUUCUAGUUUGCGAAUGUUAACGUUAGCUAGCUACUAUAGAUGGCCAUGCUCGCUAAUGUUAGCUAUUAGCUAGCUAUUAGCUAGCUAGCUAGGUAACAUUAGCUAACUGCUGUAGCUAGCUAAGUUAACCUUGUAGCUAACGUGAGCUAUUUGUUAGAGUAACAUUACAAAACAUUUGGUGUCGAAUUGUCAAAUGUUUAUUGGUUUAUUCAACUGUGGUGAUAAAAAAAUAGGAAUUUAGCUGCUUCAAGGACCUACCUUUGUAUGUCCAUUCUGUCAAACUGAACUAAAAUGAUUAUCUAGCUAGCUAAUUGUAGUUACGCUUUGAGAAUGGUACCAAGCCUGGCUUGGUUUAAAAAAAACAGGCUGUAACGAUUGAUUGCAAGCUAAUAAUGAAUAUGUCACAUUCUGACCUUUAUUUCCUUUGUUUUGUCUUUAUUUAGUAUGGUCAGGGCGUGAGUUGGGUUGGGCAGUCUAUGUUUGUUUUUCUAUGAUUUGGGUAUUUCUAUGUUUCGGCCUAGUAUGGUUCUCAAUCAGAGGCAGGUGUCAUUAGUUGUCUCUGAUUGAGAAUCAUACUUAGGUAGCCUGGGUUUCACUGUGUGUUUGUGGGUGAUUGUUCCUGUCUUUGUGGCACAAGAUAGGACUGUUUGGGGUUUUCACAUUUCUUGUUUUUGUAUUCAGUUGUUCAUGUGUACAUUUACCACGCCUUUGGGGUUUUCACAUUUCUUGUUUUUGUAUUCAGUUGUUCAUGUGUACAUUUACGUAUUAAAAGAACCAUGGACACUUA